CACACACACACGCACACGCACGCACGCGCACGCACCAGCCUCUCUGUCUCAGCCUCAGCCUUACUCUGGAAAGGAGCGUUCUCUCUGCUCUCCGGGCUUUCCUUUGCCUCCCCGCCCAUCUGUGCUGUCAGCAGCGCCAGCAAAGUUGGCCUCAAACUUGAACAGCGCUGAAGGCUCCGGCAUCUGCAGGGGAGGCAGCAGGCCUUGGCCUCCCACCUCGGCUGGCCUUGAGAGAAGCCCCUGUGAACCGGCUGGCGCCUUGCGGGCCUCUUGGUUCCCUAGGGGUGACAUCUCUGCUCCUGCCCUGGAGACAACCCUCUCCUCAACUCAGUGUGGGCUGGGGAAUGGUAUGCUGAGAUCUCUCUGACGCCCCAGUGCAAGCUUAGAGCCCAAGACCUGGUCCAACAUGGCUAAUCCAGUGCAGCCUCAGUUUCCCCGGUCUCAGGAGCUGGGCUCCACCUCACCAUUGGACCUGCCCGAGAUGGAGAAGCUUCUGACCAAGGUGGAGGACAAGGCUGACACAACCCUGAAUCUGUCCAAGUCCCUGUCGGGCGCCCUGGAUCUGGAGCAGAAUGGCCACAGCCUGCCUUUCAAGGUGAUCUCCGAGGGGCGCCGGGAGACCUCACACCCCGGCUCCCCUUCCCGGGUCAGCUCAAGACGAGCAUCCUCCAUCGUCACCACCUCCUAUGCCCAGGACCAAGAAGCCCCGAAAGAUUACCUGGUCCUUGCCAUCGCCUCUUGCUUCUGCCCCGUCUGGCCCCUCAACCUCAUCCCCCUCAUCUUUUCUAUAAUGUCUCGAAGCAGCGUGCAACAGGGGGACAUGGACGGGGCCCGGAGGCUGGGCCGCUUGGCCCGGCUGCUAAGCAUCACCUUCAUCAUCCUGGGGAUCGUGAUCAUCAUCGUGGCUGUCACUGUCAACGUCGCAGUUCAGAAUAAAUAGAAGGAAGCAGGGAGCCGUGCUAGCAGAGGCAGAUGCUGGCUAGCUCUGAACCCACAUACUUUGCCUACCACGGGAUGGCGGGAUGGUGGCUGCCAAGUGUCCACCCAUUUCCAAAAGCACAAUCUUGGAGGGAAAACCCAAGACACCCCAUUAUCAGCCCACACCAGAUGGGAAUAUGUGACGGAAAGAAGGAAGGAAAGAAGGAAGGAAGGAAGGAAGGAAGGAAGGAAGGAAGGAAGGAAG